AUGUCUUUAAACUACAUCAGAAACUUCUAUGAAGGAUGCCUCCGGCCUCCCACUGUGAUUGGCCAGUUCCACACCUUGUUCUUCGGCUCGGUGCGGAUGUUCUUCCUGGGCGUCCUUGGCUUCGCGGUGUAUGGAAACGAGGCGCUGCACUUCAGCUGCGACCCGGACCGCCGAGAGCUCAACCUGUUCUGCUACAACCAGUUCAGACCCAUCACGCCCCAGGUCUUUUGGGCGUUACAGCUGGUGACAGUGCUGGUUCCUGGGGCGGUGUUUCACCUCUACGCCGCCUGUAAGAACAUCGUCCAGGAAGAGAUCCUCGAACGCCCCGUCUACACCGUCUUCUACAUCAUCUCCGUUCUCCUACGCAUCAUUCUGGAAGUCAUCGCCUUCUGGCUUCAGAGCCACCUCUUCGGCUUCGAG